ACUAUUUGCCGUCUUUCUCCAUAAGGCACCAAAGGCAACUGAACCAUUGUAACGAUAACACAAUGGGUUGUAUACAAAGCUUCAGGCAAUGCUGUGACCGGCCGAAAAAUACCAAUGUCCGAAUUAGUCUUCCAGCAGUGUGUUUCGUAUGGCAAAUUGCCAUGAUCAUCUUAUUCGGCAUUUUUAUCCGUUAUAACGAGGAAUCCGACACACAUUGGAUAGAGCAUAAAACAUCUCAUAACAUAUCCAGUAACAUUGAGAACGACUUCUAUUUCAGAUAUCCAAGUUUCCAGGAUGUCCAUGUGAUGAUCUUUGUGGGCUUCGGUUUCCUCAUGACCUUCCUGAAGCGCUACAGCUUCGGUGCCGUUGGCUUCAACUUCCUCAUCGCCGGCUUCGGCCUUCAGUGGGCACUUCUGAUGCAGGGAUGGUUCCACUCUCUGGACCCAAUGGACGGCAAGAUCAAGAUCGGCGUGGAGAGCAUGAUCAAUGCAGACUUCUGUGUAGCCAGCUGCCUGAUAGCUUACGGGGCGGUGCUAGGCAAGGUGAGCCCAGUCCAGUUGAUGGUGAUGACGCUUUUUGGAGUCACUCUGUAUGCUGUGGAGGAGUAUAUCAUCCUCAGCCUCAUACAUGCCAGGGAUGCUGGUGGCUCCAUGGUGAUCCACACAUUUGGGGCUUAUUUUGGUCUGUCCAUCUCGUGGAUGCUGUACCGGCCCAACCUGGACCAGAGCAAGCAUCGGAUUGGCUCCGUCUAUCAUUCAGAUGUCUUUGCCAUGAUCGGAACCCUGUUCCUGUGGAUGUUCUGGCCUAGUUUUAACUCGGCCAUCUCGGACCACGGGGAUGGGCAGCAUAGAGCAGCCAUCAACACCUACCUGUCCCUGGCCGCCACUGUCCUCACCUCCAUAGCCAUCUCCAGUCUCUCCCAGAAGACCGGCAAGCUGGACAUGGUUCACAUCCAGAACGCCACACUGGCCGGGGGAGUUGCCGUGGGAACGGCAGCGGAGUUCAUGCUAAUGCCUUAUGGGUCUCUGAUUGUAGGAUUCUGCUGUGGCAUCAUCUCCACUCUGGGCUACAUUUAUAUCACGCCAUUCAUGGAGAAAUAUCUGAAGAUCCAUGACACGUGUGGCAUCCACAACCUCCACGCCAUGCCUGGGGUCAUAGGGGGCAUUGUGGGCGCCAUCACUGCUGCAGCCGCCAGUGAAGACGUCUAUGGCAAGGAGGGGUUGACAAACACGUUCGACUUUAAUGGGAAAUGGAAAGAUAUGAUGCCGACCCAGCAGGGAGGACACCAGGCAGCAGGGCUCUGUGUUGCCCUCUGCUUUGGAAUCGGAGGAGGAAUCAUUGUUGGCUGUAUCCUGAGGUUACCGAUCUGGGGGGAUGCUCCUGAUAACAGCUGCUUUGAUGAUGACAUCUACUGGGAGUUACCUGAGGAUGAAGAGAACAAUCCACCUACCGUGGAGUACAAUAACCACAUGCGGAGCAAGGCCGUAACGGAAUCGAAUAUAUCUUUGGAGCGGAGACAGAACUGACGCUAGAGCCUGAUGUCAUCUCCCCCCUACACUUUCAACUAAUGGUCCUAUCCUACACUGACUCCUGCUGGACAGAAACCAGUCAUCUCCUCUUCACCACUCUUUAUACUGUUCUGUUCAUGGAAUUUAUAGAAACAUUGAUACUUGUUAUCUUUAAUGAAAUCACAUUGGAAAAUAAUAAAAUAG